AUGACUGAUCGUUCUUGGCGCACCAACCAGCAUAAGCCAUGUCCUCCUGCCAGGGAAAUACAAGAACCGGCUCAGUUUUAUUUCACGCUCAACAUGAGUGAUGUUGACAUCGUGUGCCACCUCAAAGACCAUUAUGACCAGGAGGAAUAUGGACUCAGCGUUGUCAGCUUCCGUCGGAUGCGAAAUAGCUGUGGCUGGAAAUGGACCAGGCAACAGCAACAUAUUCUCGAGUCCAUCGAACAGCAUGCCAUCAGACGAGACCUGCGCCAGCAGUUCAGUUUUCAUGUACCCCGUGAACUGAUUGCCAAGCUUCUCAAGAUCACAGAGCCGAAUGCUGUGGAAGCUAGGCGUCGUGGAUGUCUCAAACGGAGGCGUUUUUUGCACGACAAAUGGCUGCGCUUUGGGUUAUGGCUGCAUAUCAGCCUCGAUCCAUUCACUGGCUGGAUUAAUUGGCUGAAGGUUUGGUGGACCAACAAGAAUCCACGCCUCAUUGCUAGAUACUACCUUGACUGUUGCCGAAAACUCGGAGAUCCAGCACUCGACGGAACACUUCAGCACCGCUGGAUGCGAAAGCACCAGAACAUCAAGCCCGAAAUCAUGUGGUCUGUGCUUCGCAGGGACUUUGCUCCAGGUUUUGAGAAUAUCCUGGAGGAAGGUGCUGAGCUCGAUGCAUGGGCUCAUCGUAGAAACCAUAACGCUCCCCGUAGGGACAAAAAUAAGAUUCUUCCUCAUGGCAUUCUGGCAAUUAUUUGCGCGAAACCUCGUGAAUUCAAUUCACUCGACUUCAAAGUUCCAGUGCCAAGUGCGCUCUUUGAUGAGGUCGAAGCAAUUUAUGCUCCCCCAGAUCAUCCUGUCUCCGAUCUCAUGCCACCUUCAUUCGAGCAACGUGCACAAUAUCUCUAUACCUCACUCGGCAAACCACAAGUGUCAUCGGAUUCAUUCUGGAAUGUAUAUCAGAUGUUACUGGCACAGUUCCUGGCGAUUGAAGGUGAAGAUGACCUGACAGUCCUGCUUUCACAGGGAGUUACGGAACCUGAAGAUGAGAAUGACUGGGGACCACAAGGGGAGCAUCAGGAUGAUGAAGAUCAACCAGAGUUUGCAGAGUUCACGGAUUUCGAGUCCGAAUCUGAUGGCCCCAAGUAA